UUUACUGCAGAUCUGACUUUGAGUAGUCAUCAUUUCCUGUUUCUUCCGAAGUGGAAAAAUAAUGUCAUACGAGUUGGACAAUACACAUUUUGUUUCGACAUAAUAGUAUCAAAAGUACCACGAACAUCGAUAUAAAGAUGUCGGGUGGCAAGAGAGUGAACACCACCGCCACUGCGCGUCUCAAGCAGGACUACAUGAGGAUCAUGAAGGACCCAGUACCCUAUGUGAAGGCUGUCCCACUGCCAACAAACAUGCUAGAAUGGCAUUAUGUUGUACAAGGGCCGGAGAAUUCUCCAUAUGAAGGGGGUCUAUAUCACGGUAAACUCAUCUUUCCACGAGAGUUCCCCUUCAAGCCACCUAGCAUCUACAUGAUCACCCCUAACGGCAGAUUCAAGUGUAACACAAGGUUGUGUCUCUCCAUCAGUGACUUCCAUCCAGACACAUGGAACCCAGCAUGGUCUGUCUCCACCAUACUCACAGGGCUGCUCAGCUUCAUGUUGGAGAAGAGUCCUACACUGGGGAGUAUAGAGACCUCAGACUACACAAAACGUCAGCUGGCGGCACAGAGUGGAACAUUCAACCUCAAUGACAAGAUCUUCUGUGAGCUGUUCUCAGAUGUGGCUGAGAACAUCCGAGCUGAGAUUCGGAGGCGGGAGGAGGAAAUGCAGCGCUCCACAGAUUCCAGUGGGAACGUGGAUGGCGGAUCCAGGAAUGGCCGCAGUGGCUUGCUCAAUGGAAACCCCAACACUGUACUUAACGGACAAAAUCAGGGAUUCUUUGGAACAGCUCUGACAAAUAUAUUUGUGAUAAUUGGUUUUGCAGCAUUUGCUUACACAGUGAAAUAUGUUCUAAGAAGUGUCGUUGAUUGAAGAUGAGCGUCCUGUUUGGCUGUUAUCAUCUUCCCGAGGCAAGAGAGUUAACUGACUAUGAAAGUCCAGUUUCCACGUUUGCCGAAAAAGGCUGGAAUAAUUCAGUUUCAGUUCGGUUGGACUUAAGAGUCUAUGCAUAGUCCAAUCAAAAUCGCGCAACAAAAUUGAAAUCCAGUUAGUAAACUGUCAUGCAGAUUUUGGUCGAUUGCAGGAUUUGCAAAGCAUGUGCACACUGCCAACUCGUCAACAGAUAUUUUCGAAGUCUUUUCAUGUUUUUAAUGAAGGUGCUCAUGUGAUUUGAUGCACUUCACGAUGUAAGACCCGUUUUUUCACAAUAUAGAUCUUGAUUAUCGAUCAGAUCAUCUUGACUUGGUACCACCAUUUUGUUUGAAGCAAAUACAAGUGAUACGAGAGGUGGAAUCUGAUUGGUCCUUAGGAGAGACUUAGAAGGGACUUAACUAGUAAUAACCACUGGUGGCACUAUGAUCGAGCCCAGGAAUUCCAGCCUAGUUCGGUAAGGGUGGAAAAUGGACUUUUGAAGUCAGUUAACUCUCUUGCCUCGGGAAGAUGGGUUGUUUUGACCUUUCAACUUUGGCCCUUGACCGAAGAUCUAAGGAAUGCCUGUAUAUAUUGACUGGUUCUGGUAUAUCACUAUAUCUAUCUAUUUGUCCGUGAUAACAUGGUCAGGAUGAAAAGGUACCCACUCUUGUGCAUCAAACACGAAAGGUUUUGCUAUCUGUUUGUACAUACUACUUUUAGUUUUUUUAUCCAGAAUUUGUUAUGCUUAUAAAUGAGAUGAACGAUGUUCUUCCCAAGAUGAUGAUUAUGACAAGGCCAAUAAGAACUGUACGAGGCUGUGGGGUGGGCUUGUGGGUAAAGCUUUUCUUGUCUCGCCUAAGAUCUGGUUCAAUUCCUCACAUGGUUACCCUGAUGUGGUAACAUUUUCGUAGUCCCCACCAUUUAUGAUUUUGUUGGAAUAUUGCUAUGACAAUAAAACCACAAUCAAGUUAACUCUAGAAAUGAAACCACAUUUGAAUGUAAAUGUUUUUUGGAGGGUUAAAAUAUGGAAGCUCUGAGUUCAUGGAUUAAAAAAUGGUGUAAGAUCCAAGGCUUAUCAUAAAAAAAAGAAAUAUUAAAGUUUAAAGUUUUUAUUAAAAAUGAGAAUGCAGCUGUGAAACAAGAAUAGUCCAUUUGUAAACAAUUGAAAUAAAUUAUUAUGGUCAAUGGAAAUAAGUAAGGGUUAAUGAUUUCAAGACCACUUCUGAAUCUGGGUUGGGGGUGGAUAGGAGGGAGUUGGAGGUGCCCUUAAGGGUGGGAGGGAGUUGAUGGUGCCCUUAAGGGUGGGAUGGAGUUGGUGGUGCCCUUAAGGGUGGGAGGGAGUUGAUGGUGCCCUUAAGGGUGGGAGGGAGUUGAUGGUGCCCUUAAGGGUAGGAGGGAGCUGGUGGUGCCCUUAAGGGUGGGAGGGAGCUGGUGGUGCCCUUAAGGGUGGGAGGGAGUUGAUGGUGCCCUUAAGGGUGGGAGGGAGUUGAUGGUGCCCUUAAGGGUGGGAGGGAGUUGAUCGUGCCCUUAAGGGUGGGAUGGAGUUGGUGGUGCCCUUAAGGGUAGGAUGGAGUUGGUGGUGCCCUUAAGGGUGGGAGGGAGUUGAUGGUGCCCUUAAGGGUGGGAUGGAGUUGGUGGUGCCCUUAAGGGUGGGAGGGAGUUGGAGGUGCCCUUAAGGGUGGGAGGGAGUUGGUGGUGCCCUUAAGGGUGGGAGGGAGUUGGAGGUGCCCUUAAGGGUGGGAGGGAGUUGGAGGUGCCCUUAAGGGUGGGAGGGAGUUGGUGGUGCCCUUAAGGAUGGGAGGGAGCUGAUGGUGCCCUUAAGGGUAGGAGGGAGUUGAUGGUGCCCUUAAGGGUGGGAGGGCGUUGGUGGUGCCCUUAAGGGUGGGACAGAGUUGAUGUUGACCUUGUGGGGUGGUAACACAGAUUGGUGGCUGUCCUUGCACAAGUUGUGUCUUUGCACUCAGCAUUUGCCGUGGUGGAGUUUGAAAGUCCUGAAAUAUGAAUUUUCAAAUGCAACAGCCUAUGAAAGGAGAUGUUAUGAUUUGAUACAGUAGAAUACCUGCCUUGUUGUGGGGAGUACUUCAGUGGUUUACAUGGUGCUGGUGAGAAGCAAAACAAACAAACUAUAUUUUUGAAUUUUGCAUAUUUUGAUAUGUUUGGUCAAAUUAGAAUCUCCAUUAAUAUCGACAAGGUCACAUUAAGAAGGUAAUUGUCAUAGAACUCGCUGUAUGUCACCUAGUGGAACAUUGUGCUGGUCAUAGUCUUGAAAUCCCAGCUGAGCCCACAAUAGGAGACUUGUUCUGACAAUCCAUAGCCUGUGUUUGGAUUGUCAGAAACCUAUGAUUGUGGGUUCGAAUCCUGGUUCGCCCCGAUUAUGUUUCUAGGUUUGUCAGCACCAUACCCAUGCUUGUGGGUUUCACCGAAGUGGUAAACGUCUGAGACCUGCAUCACUUCGGGCUUUCCUCCCACAUUAAGCUGACACGCCGCGAUGUAACUGGAAUACUGUUAAAAGCGGCGUUAAACCCAACUCACUCACUCACUCAAGAACGUUGUGAACAUCUUGUGACCUCCUUCAGGCUUUCCUCCCAUAUAAAGCUGACAUGCUGUGGUAUAACUGAAAUAGUGUUAAAACCAGCGUCAAACCAAACUCACUCAUCAUCAUGUUAAUAACGAACAUUACGAAUACUCAAAUUUAUGAAUUUUCAGAGAACAAGGUCUUGACGGUGUAUGAUUGUUAUGAUAUCAUGUUAUGACGGCUGCCUGUAUAUAAAUAAACUGUAUUGAAGUCA